UCAGACUGUGAGGGCAAAGUGUGUUGUUUUCUAGGGUUCAUUAUACAGAAAUAACCCUCAGCAUCGAAAGGUGGAUGUCAGGGAGAAGAGUUCUAGUCUAGUCUUCUCCCAAACGUACUUGUUUUCCACCUGUAGUAUUUUUUUCUUCUUUUAAUAAUGGUGGAGCAAUGAAUAUUGCGAGAGCCUCAUCUGCAGCCCACCGUGGUACAGCCCUGGCACAAUUUGGACGGACCUGGAAGAAAGUGGGUCUAAUGGUUGUUUGUGUUGUUGUUUUUUAACUAUCAUAGGAAGCAUUUUCCCCAUCCACUUGUGUGAUAGAUGGCCUUUAGGAACCACAUUUUAUUUAGCAACUUGUGAUUGCUGAGGAGAAUUAUUCCCCAAAAGCUGUCUCUUCAAUUACUACCACCAUUUAUCAGCCUUAUCCAGUGGCCUUUUCAAAACCCUGGGGGGAAAGUGUGUAUUGUGGGUGGGAAAGAAUAGAUUAGCAGAAACAAAGUAUAAAAGAACCCCAACAAAUUAACUUUAUUGUAAGGAACAGAAUAUGUUGAAGUUUUGAGUUAGUGUACAAGUUGCUUGUGUUGCUUGCUUGUUACAGUUAUAGAGUGAAGGAAUGAAGCAAUGGUGGGCUGGUUUAGCACUUUCCCCUAAACAAAUUCCAAAGACAGAUUACCCUCUCUAACACUUUGAGUUUUACCCCUCAAAGUCUUCCUUCCUUUGCUGGUUCCCUUAAACAAAACUGAUGCUGCCCUAGUUCACUCACAUAAUCUGAAGGAUUCUUCUCCCACAGGGUACAACUGAAGGGUUGCUUUUCAUGAGGGACUCCUUCUCUCUGUAGGCUUCCUCUCAUUGCUCUUUCUGGGUCUUGGUCAGGAAUAAUGGCCUUUCUUGGCCUUGGAUCUUCUGUUCCCAGUCACCCUCUGGCUCUCUUGGCCAACUGGGCUUCUUGGUCUCUGGGAUGGUGGUAUGGCUGCUGCUGCUGCUGCUUCUCUUAUCAUAAAGUAACUAAAAAAUAGCCACUCUUCCCCCACUUCCAAGAUAUUAGCCCAGAGACUCCUUGCUAAUUGGAGGACAGGUUUGUGGAUCCAGCUUCUGAUUAAUCCAGAACUUUGUUUUCUCUCUUUUUUCUUUCCCAUCCAAUCCAGUUUCACCCACUUUCAAGGCAUCCAGUUUGCAUAUCUGGAGGUGUUCAGAUUUCAUACCUCAGUGAUUGACAAUGUAUUUUUGCCCUUCACUGUUGGCCUUAGCCUGUAAUUUCUCUCUCUUAUGCAGCAUUGCUUGCUUUUAAAAAAAAAAAUCAGCUUUGUAAUCAGCAGAUUAACUAUGUAAUGGUUGGGCCAAAAUUAAUUCUCUGCACUUGCCUGCUGAGGAAUCCCUUGAACUUCUGCCCCAAUAUUUUUGGGUUUUACAGAGGAUCUAGGAAAUGUUCUCAGCUGAUGUGGGAUCAGGUCUGUUGGGUCCCACUGGCUUAGCUUCUGAACAGAGAGCAUGGCAUGAUUCUAAAACAUACCCAACACUCUUCUGCAGCUGCACAUUACAAGGGUAGGGUGCUAUUAACUGAUACCAGUACUGUACUUCACAUAACUGUUCUCAUUAAGGAAUCUUGAUAUGCUUCUGAGAAACCUGCAUAUGAUCCAGUGGCUUGAUAAACACUGCUAUAGAAGAUAAUAGAUGAUGUCAUUUGUUAGUAGCAAUGAUGAUGUCAUCUGUUAGUAGCAACAUAGCAUUGCUACUAACAGUCGUAUAGUAGUAUAUUAUGUAUUUUAAUAUCAGAUUGUUUUUAUAUUUUUAGCUAAAUACUUUUAACUCAUUUUUAUUAUGUGUUUUAACUUUUGUAAACCGCCUUGGGAUUGUUUUUAAUGAAAGGCGGUAUACAAAUCUAACAAUAAAUAAAUAAAAUGCUUUUCUGCCAGCUCCCAGGAGCCCCCACUCUACUUGUGCUUGGGUCUCCAGGCUUGGAGAUCUCACUCUUGAUAUGCUCAGGAGCCUCACAGCAUCAUGAGUUCUCUGUUUAUGGCACAUGGGGACAGGUCACUUAGUUGACAGUAGGCCAGUCCCUAGAUUUGGCUCCUAACAAGCAUAUUGGAAAGGGGAGCAGAUGCACACCCUCCCUAUGUUGGGAUCCCCCAUAAACGUUAAAACAGGUUAAAGUUAAAGCAGGUUAACUUUCAGCCAAGGCCACUCUGCCUUCAGAGUGAACUUUCCUUGGCCCCUCCCCUUCUUAUGCAAAGGAUAGUAGCAAGCUAAUGUGCCAAUUAUCUGCCUUCUUCAGCAGGAGGAAAGCAGAUAGAGCUCAUGGAGGUAACUCUCCCCCCUCACAAAAGAGGAUGAGUCAGCGAUAAGGAUCUCGAAAUGCACCAAUUAAAAGUACUGAUUGGAGUGUUGGACUCUCUAUCCAUGCAGAUUUCCUCUUUUCACAUCUAUGCACUCUAUUUUCAUGACAAUCAGCCUUGGUUUGCCUUGGCAAUUCCCACAUUGUUACACUCAGGAAGAGCGAUCAGCAACAAUGGAAUCCACUCAACACACCUAUUCAACAAAAAAGGUCAAUUGGAAUGUCCCCCCAAGACAGGUUUUGGGGUAUAUCAAAUCCCAAUUCCAUGAUCCUGUGUGCUCCCUGCUUACCAUCUGCGUGGGAGUUACCAGCUGCUGCUUGGGCAAUUUACUGUUCAGAGGCCACCAUGCCAGGCAAAUGUUCAUAUCACCUGAUCUAGCUGAAGAAACCUUGGGGCUCCUGGAACAUCCGAAGGACCUUGUUCCUCGGGGACAGCUCAGUCACAGGCAGGGAUAAGAAGGUUGGAUGGGGUUAGAGGUGAAUCCAUGAGGGUGCUUCCUCUGUGGACCAAGCUGCCUAUAUUUGCAAGGAAGACUGGGCAGAUCAGACUAGGCAAGAAAGUCGGUCUGGAGAAUGGCAUGAAGAACUGUCCUCUCUGUCCUCUCCCAUGCAAAUUCAGGGGUGUUCACCAAUCACAGUUUCAUUACACUUCUCAUUUCAAAAUAAAAUCCCAGCAGAUUAGUACUCAGUUUAAGCAUUUCAGUCUGGCAGCCUUCUCAGAGACGUCCUUUGGGUCCAGAUGAUAAAGAUGUCAUUGCUGUAUUUCAAGUAGAGGAAAGACCUUUGGAGAUGGAAGCAGAGGAAGUGUUCCAAGUGUUCAUUAAUACUUUGGUAUAUUAUGGAUAGACAAGGAUUCCUUUAAGCAAAGCCAGGAAGAUUGCAGUAUUGCCCUUUACUCCUGUUGUGAAUGAUCACUGUACUUAUCUUGUAUACAUUUGAACUUGUGUCACAGACCAUAUCUCUUGCAUCUCAUGGCCUUCUUGCCUUAUUGUUUAACUUUUUGUUUUCUCUGUACACAUGAAGAUGUGUGUGAUAUCUGCUAACUGAUCAUGUAUUUGAUGAAGUAGGCUUUUGUCCAUAAAAGUUUGUGGCACAAUAAAUUUGCUUAUCUAUAUGGUGCCACAAUAGACCUUUUUGUAUAUUCAUUAAUUAAAAGUAUCUUGGGCUGCAAUCCUAUACACACUUAGCUCUGAAUUAACAUGCAUAGAAUUGUUCAGCUCCUCUGUGUAUCAGGCAGUUUUAGGCAAAGUUUUAUGUUUGCUGCCCUCUAGUGCAUGGCAACUAAAAAGCAAGAAUAAAAAAUUAUAGCUGAAGAGCAAAACAUCCUUGUUUGUUAUGAAGAAAAUGCAUAAAACAGUAAUCUUUAAUAUUUUUCAAGCAGGGGCCACUUGGGCAAAAAAAACAACCCAGCUUUCCAUGUUUAUCUUAAUAAUGUAUAGGUUUAUAAUUCUGUGAUUGAUUUUUAAAUUGUUAGUUUUUAAUUGUUUUUAUGAUUUUUUAAAAACUGUUUUAUCAUUGUGAACCGCCCAGAGACACGAGUGUGGGGCGGUAUACAAGUUUAAUAAAUAAAUAAAUAAUGUGAGAGCGAUUUCCCACUGUGCUGGCCUCCACACAGUGCUGUGCUUUCUCAGUGCUGGGAGGGCCCUUUAAGAGAUACAGAGCUCUCUCUUAAGAGCUCUGUGGGGAAAGGGCUACACUUCCCAGCAUUCUGUGCAUACCUUUUGAGAUGGUGCAGGGGCUCCAGAGUGCUGCAAUUUCUUGAAAGGAGCCCCCUCCCCACUGCACUGGGCAAAGCUCAGCAAGGUACAGUGAGAAUCUCUUCUCUCGUCACAUGGUGCCAGGGGGACUGUGCAGAGUAUUCCGCUUUGCUCGAAGUGGCACACAGGCCCAAUAAACAAUUAGGAGCCACAUUUAGUGUUGACUGGGUUGCCACCGGCCUCUGGGCCUUACAAUGAAGAACACAGGCCUAGAAAGAAAAUCUAUUCUGUUCUUCCUAGGUGACACUUUAAGACAAAUUUAUUUAAGACAAAUAAGCCAUUUUUGUCUCUGUGCAAAGAGAAGAGAUUAGGACCUUGGCACAAGAGUAAUUGUCUUCAACUCACUGUCUUCUAAGAAGCUCUGGCAAUAAAAUCAGAAGAUAUAUGACCAUGUUAGACCUGUACUACAAAAGAGAUUCAGAACAGAAGUGUCCACACCCAGAUUCACACUUCAGUGCUGGUGGGGGAACAUCGCAGUCCAUGAGCACUUCUCUCCCUGCAAAAAAGGCUUCUCUCUUGAGGGGAAGAAGGGGCCUUCUGCCUGCAUUCUCCUCACCAUUGUGCUCCUUCAGGACUGAGUAUGAACAAGGUGGUGAGUAUGAAUAAGGUGGUGAACAUGGGGGGUGCUUAAUGGGUCCCGGGGAACAAAAUGAGGUACGGCAUUAUCAUCACCCACUGCUCUCUUCUAUCUCAUUCACAAUUACUGAAGAAUCCACAGUCCUAGGUGUCAGAAUUGGGAAUGAGCACCUGGAACAGGAAGUGCCAUAAGUUCCCUGACGUGAUGUUUGUUCUUGAAAUUCUGAGCACGGCCCCACUCUCAACUGAAUCUGGGCUGCAUCCGAAGCAGCUGACUGGCAAUUGGUGCAGGACAGACAAAAACAACAUCCUCAUACAUCUUGUAGCGGAAUUCAUUCCUGCAAUAUGUGAUGAUGUCCACUAGCUUUACAUUUACAGAGGAUAACUUCCUGGGAGCAUCUGACUGUCCACUCUUGGAAGCAGAAUGCUGGGCCAUAUGCAUCUUUGGUCUGAUCCAGCAGGACACUUCUGAGGUACUCAUGCCAUUGUAUCUUGUUUCUCAUUGCGGUGUCUUGAAGCCAGAGGAUGCUGAUGCCGAGAUGUUUCUCGAGUCGGUUGCCACUCAAUGGUCUUGUGAGGUGAGGUACAAGAUUCCCGUCCUGUACGUGAAAGGGCUGGCUGAAGGGAGAUCGCUUUUCCACUGAUAGCAGAGAGAGUAUGGGAUGGAUCCAGAAUGGGAAAUGAAUCUAGAUGCUGCAUAUUGGCAAGAAUUUUGGUGGUUGGGAUGGGAUGAAGCCCAGGAGUGGCUACUGAAGAAGCUGUUGAAUGCAGCCACUGAAGAGGAAUCAUUCCCUGCAAAGGUCAGGAAUGAACACCCAGUCUCUCACAUGGAUGGACUGUGGGUUGCGUCUCCCCCUCCACCAGACUGUUCUUCAAAAUAGACAGAGCAUGGAAUGGAUCCUGUUUUGGAUGCAGCAGAAUGGAAGGGUCUUUCCAGCAUAUCUACUAAGUGUCUCUUGAUUGAAGUAUAUUUUGUAAUAUACAAGAGUCAUCCCCUCAGGUAAAAUCCCAGAGUCCCCACAGCAUGAUUGAUGGUCCUCACUUCUGACUCUGGGGCCCACCUUUUCUUUCAUGUUAGAAAGUGUGAUCAAACCCUAUUCCCUGGGCAUAGAAGAGAAGAUGACAUCUGGAUGAAGGAGACUUAUGGGGUUUGGUUCCUCUCCAAGCCAAAGCAUAUGUUAGCAGAUGUGUGUAUUCCUUUCUUGAAUAAAUGGAAAGAGAUACCAGUGGGUCCCAUUCAUAUUUUCCCCAUUCACUGGGAAAGGAAUGCACUCCGGAACAAAUGACAAUAAAUUCAAAGAAUAAGCUUUCAAUUCUUGACCUCCCAUACACUGGCAUUUCUUAUAAUUACUGUUUUCCUUUUGGUGAGGAAAUAAAUAUUGGAUUCCUACUUUAAAUGCUGUCUUUGGACCAGCUUGUGCUGGGCUGCAUGUCCCAUUCACCUCAUCUCUCUAAGCACUAAUAUUCUUAUCUAAUGUGUCUGCUUUCUUAGUGUCCAGAGGCCAAGCUGCAUUCCAAGGAGGCUUCUAAACCACUACAGAACAAGAGUCAUCCCUUGCAGAGGUCAGAAACGAACAUCCAGCCCCCCUCUUGCAAGGACUGUGGAUUGGGCAUGUGUGUCCCUGUAGUGAUCAGCCUCCCCUUCCUCUAAAGAGUUAACCAGAAGUGAAUCCUUGUCUUGACUGACAGGCUGGUGAAUUUGAGAGAUCAGCCAAUCAGCACACCAGGUGGGUGGGACCUAGAGCGCUGUUGCCAGGAAGGAGGUAGUUCUUUGUGAAGAAGCUAGGAUGGAGAACGACAUGUGACCAUGGAGGCUGGCUGCAGGAGAAUAACUCUGCAGAUCUUUGAAAGUCAGGAGGAUAAGAAGCUUGAAUUCAUCAUCAGGUGUUUGGUGAGUUCAAGGCAAGGAGUCAGGGCUUAUGGCUUUGGGAAGGUUAGUCGAAGGAGAGGUUUGUUAAGUCAGAGUUUGCGUGUGGGAUGUUAUAUUUCUUUGGUGUGUGUGCUUUUGCAUAUGCCUGAUACUGUUCUGUUAUUAAGGCAACCUAUUUUCAUAACUCUACUAAGAAUUCUUAACUGAGAAAGCUGAGAAAGCCUCAGACAGAAGCAGUCUGUCGUAAUUGGGAGAGGAGAGCUGGUCUUGUGGUAGCAAGCAUGACUUGUCCCCAUAGCUAAGCAGGGUCUGCCCUGGUUGCAUCUGAAUGGGAGACUUGAUGUGUGAGCACUGCAAGAUAUUCCCCUCAGGGGAUGAAGCCGCUCUGGGAAGAGCAGAAGGUUUCAAUUUCCCUCCCUGGCUUCUCCAAGAUAGGGCUGAGAGAGAUUCCUGCCUGCAACCUUGGAGAAGCGGCUGCCAGUCUGUGAAGACAAUACUGAGCUAGAUAGGCCAAUGGUCUGACUCAGUUUAUGGCAGUUUCCUAUGUUCCUAAUUGAAUAAAACUGGUGGUUUUUUUUAGUUCUUUUCUUUUUACAAGCUUCUCUUGAGUUUUUAACUCAGGAAAAGAGGGGGAGGGGGAUUUCUCUUGUGUGAACACAUCCUCAAACGUUCAGCAGCUAUCAGUUCUCUCACCAUGUGUAGGCUUGCAUGUGGAAGAUUAUUGUACUUAUCCAUUAGCAAAAGAAGGAGAGUUUCCCCUGGGAUUCCACCCCAAGCCCAGGGAGGUUCAAGCUCUGUCGAUAAGAGGGGUGGUGGUGGCAGCAUUAUGAACCUACCCAUAAUACAGAAUAGUUUUAGGAGAAGCCUAGCCAGGCAGCUCAGCAGGGAUGAUUCAGCAUUUAUUUCCCUCAUGUGAGCUUGCUCAGAGACAAAGGCUGUAAUCCUCUACAGUCCUCAGUGUUGUCUAGUCAUAGAGAAAAUGUGGAAUGGCUCUAGUCUUAGAAGCUGCAGGAUGGGCGACCACCUUCUGACAAUCAUUUAAACCACCUUCUGACAAUCAUUUACUUAAACAUAUGAUUAGGUGCUGCUGCAGUGCAUUUUGGCUAACAGAAUGACCACCAUGUUGGCAGCCAUGUUUUUAACAACACUCCAUCAUAAUGGUGGCACUGUGUGGGUGACAUGGCCACAAGGAGAUGGUGGCUACACCUUGGUCCUUCUGUCCAGAUCUAACGGUUAACAGUGAAAUAUGCUGUUGCUUUUAUUACAACAAAAGAAAAACAAUGAAUAAUAAAUAAAGAAAUAUUGAAUAAAAAAAUAAGCAAAUUAAGCUAAAUAUAUGAGAAAUAAACAAAAUGGAAAUGGAAAAGGAAGAUCAAAUGCAAACAAAUAGAUUUGUACAGGCCUUUACCUUAAAUAUGUACCUAAGGGGUGGACUUAAAGCAUGAAGUUAGCUGAAAGUGGUCUUUUUCAGCCACAAAAGAACCCUGGGGGCCCCAAUUCAGUGUGGAAGCACAGCAUGUGUUAGUGGGGGAAUAACACCGUCGCUACUUUCAUGCUGAAUAUUGCCUCCAAAGAUUCCUCCAUGUCUCUUUUGGGAUGUAUAAUGCCCACUUCCUGCUUGAAGCCUCUCCGGUAAUAACAGAGUGAAGAGAGUGUAAAGGGAGAAAGUAGCAUGUAGUUAGACUCUCAGAAGCCCUAGAAAGCUCCAAGUGAGUGCCAGAUCACUUUUUCUCCUCUUCCUUUUCUUCCUCUCUUUUUCUCCUCUUCCUUUUAGAGGUCAGGAAUGAACAUUUACUCCUGCUUUUGGGAGGACUGUAGUGUGUGUCAUGUUCCCCCAGGAUAGGUAUCCAAUCACAGAUGCAGCCAGAUGGGAGGGAUUUUGCUCAGUGGGGUGGGCUUGAAAUCAGGGCUCAGCUAAACAGUACACAUGCCAGUCCUCACUACAAAGGAAGCAGCACCUGAACUUUCCAGAGGUGAUUGUGGACUCAGAAGUGCUAAGAGAGGCAAGGAGUGCAACAGUCUCCCACUCAGGGCCAGUGCGAAGGGUUCUGGUGCCCCCUUGCAACCUAUAAAUCGGCACCCCCUCCCUCAUUAGUAUUAAUGGCAGGCUCCCCCGCCCCCGGACUUUUGCAUGUGCACAUGCACACAAGUUUUUUUAAUGUCUGCUCAGCUAAUUUUAGGCUCCACUCUGAAUGCAUGUGCGUGCGCACACUGCAUUGAUACUGCCACCCAGAACAAAGCUCAUCUUCACAAACAGAUGAAAAAAACUUGAGGGAACACUGCAGGGGAGAAAGGCAGCUUUAAAAAUUCCCCAUCAACUGAUUUGUACAGUCUUAUUUUGAUGCAAGUAUUCUUAAAAAGUCAUUUAUUCAGCAGCUUUAGCCCCUUAUUGAAUGGAUUACUCAGCCUGCAAGUUAGAUCCUGAUGUUUAACAUCCCCACUCCACUGAACUGCUGCCUGCCUCUGUCAUGUCCUCCCUUUCCCCUCCUUUCUUCUUGUGCCUCACUGGAUCCCUCUUUACUUGCUAGUUCCUUCUUCAUCCUACUUUCCCUCCUUCCCUCUCCUCCAUUCACCAUUUCAUACCUUGCUUCCCCCAGCUCCUACUCCAUCUCCUUUCUCAUGAUCUCCCCCCUCUUUUUUCACUGGUUUUCUCAAUUCUCAUUCCAUUUACUCACUUAUCCCCCCCCCCCGCAAAGGUGUACACAGACCAAUCAAGGUGAUUCCUACCUCAGAACCUUCUUUUUCUGCCUGGAGACAACUAACCAGAACACUUAGAUACAUUCCCUCCAAAACUCUGCUGCAAAACAGCUCAGACUUGGCUGUUAAUCAGAAGUGGCAAACUUUUAAUCCCUGCAAAGCUUUUUAACCCCUCAGAGGGAACAUACAACCAAUACAAAGAAAAUAAUUUACAAACUAUAAAGGGAAGGAGUCAUUCCUUUGUAGUAUCAAAGCACCAAAGCUCAGCCUCCACCUCUCAACAUGGAAAUAUGUUGUUUCAAAAUAUGAUCUAUGUCACACUUCUACUGUACUGUAUUUUUGAUAUAAUAUUGUCUGCUAUCAGGACGGCCAUUCCUUCCUUCCUUUCUAACAACAAUGCAUCCUAGUGGUGGCACAUUGCAGGUCAUCUGACUAAACAAAAUGGCCUCAGGGAGGAGAGGGUACGCCUGGGAUCUCCAGUUCAGACUGAACUGCCAGAGCAAGAGUACACUUGCUCUUUUUUUUCUUCUUGGUAAUAAAAGCAGAACAAAAAUGAAUUUUAAAAAAUGAAAAUAAAUUAAGCUAAUGAGAAAUGAAUAGAAUGACAAAGAAAAAUAAAUUCAAAAAGAAAAAUCCAGCAUAAGUGGGGGUAGGAGAAUUGCAGGCCUUUACACAGUAGUUCAAACACCUCAUUAAAAAUGGGAUUAAAGCAUUAAGUGGACUAGAAGUGUUUGCUCUAAGUCACAAAACAGCCACAGGUGGUUGACCCUAAAUCAAUGUGGCAGCAGAGUGUAUGCAGGGUGGGUAGUACACUUGCCCCCUCUGUAGUUUUCUUGCCAAAUAUUACCUCUGGAACAGCUAUUUGCCUUGGAAAUGGUCAUGCUGUGGAGUUGAAUUGACCUCCCCUGUGGCUGUUCUUGGACAUAAGAAGGGCCACUUCUGGCCCACUUCCUGCAUUAAACUCACUUGUGGCCAAGUUUUGUUUUAUUGCUAGCAAAGUGCGUAAAGCUUGUAUUAUUAACUCCAAAACUCUGUAAAAUGUAAACGUAUUAUGCAAACUGUAAUGACUGGUCAAUGACCGUAAUAAACUUCUUCUUCUACUACUACUACACUGAGUAAUGGCAGGCGUUUUUGCCUUCUGAAUUCCUGGAAAGGUUAAAAUGAGAGCCAGAGCACUCAUUUCUUUCCCCUCUCUCAUUCACAGAGUUCUUUCAUCCCGGGAGCUGAGGAUAUGCACACCAGUGUCGAGGAGGAGGGGUUGGAAAGGGAAUAUACCACCAGUUCAUCCAGAAUCCAGAAGCCACAGAGAUGGGUUGUCAACAGGCUGCUGAACACCUACAUGGUGGAAGAGUCAUCCUCUGCAGAGACCUGAGUCCUCCCUAGGUAAAGAAACUGACCUCAGGAAUGCAAACAUAAACCAGACAUUACAGCACAGAGCACGUGAAGUGGGCUUAGUUCAAGUCUAUGUAUAUCCUAUCAAGUCCAUGGAAACAACCUUGGAGUCUUUGCAACAUGCAAGCAAGCAGAGAAAGCCAAAAUGACCUCCCUUCUGCAGGAGAAACUUAGCGAAGUUCACACUCAGGCACCUUCUCCCAGCAAAGACUUCCAUCAUUUGACUAUCACCAAAACGGAGGUUAUCUGGAAAUCAUGGAAAAUUUCUUUUCGACCUAAUCAAGAAAGGGGUUUUCCAAGAGAAGUGAAGAAACUUCAUCAAGAUUUUCUGCUGGAUGAACAAUUACACAAGCAACUGAGAAACAUUUUUGGAAACAAGAUGCUGGACUACGCUCUCAAUUUGUGUCAAGGACACUAUGAUUUCCUAAUUCGAAUGCCUGAGAGUCUGAUCAUACAUAUUUUGUCAUUUCUUAAUAUGGAAGAUAUUCAGCAAUUCUCAAGAACAUGUAAAAAGUUUCAGCAGUUAUGCAACACUGAAGAAUUUUGGGAAAGAAUAAAACGAUUGCAAGAUAAAGACAACUUUGAUGUAAAAAUAACCAUGAUUCCAGCUUAUAAAAAGCCAAUGAAUUUCAGGCAAAGACCAGGCUAUCUGACACAGAUGCAGAGAAGACAGACCACAUUCUUCUAAAAUAUACUGCAAAUUGAUUAUCUCACAAGACCUCUGCACCCCAAUCCAGCCACAGCAUUCUAUGUACAGAAACAGUCUUCAAAGGAAAGAAAUGUUAUUGCAGAAAUACAACAGGCUGGUGCACAGAGGAAGGGGAAUGCCUGCAUCUACUGAUGAGUGUAAAAUGUGUGUGUGUGGGGCGGGGGUGAAGCUAGUAUAGCUGCUGAGCCAUUUCUUUAGAGUGACAUAAUAGUUUUGUUCUUGAUGAAGAGCAUAUAGCUCAGAAUGAUCUUUAAAAAUAUAUAUUUAAAAAUAAAUACUACACAGCAUCUGUA